AGUCGCAUAUCAAUCAUUGCAAACAUUCGACAAGCAAAUAUGGCUGCGGCAGUUGAGAGUGUCGUGAAAGUGCUCGGUGAGCAGUACUACAAAGAUGCCAUGGAGCAGUGCCACAACUAUAAUGCCCGCCUCUGUGCGGAGAGGAGCAUCCUAAUGCCCUUCCUCGACUCCCAGACGGGGGUGGCCCAGAGCAACUGCUACAUCUGGAUGGAAAAAAGACACAGGAGUCCAGGCACAGCCCCAGGACAGCUGUAUACAUAUCCUGCCCGCCGCUGGAGGAAAAAGAGAAGGGCCCACCCUCCCGAGGACCCUGCUCUGGCGUUCCCGCCUCUGAAAGCAGCUGAGCUGGAGUUGGGCCUGAAGAAGGACGUGAUGCCCCCUCUGGACGGCAGUAGUCUGGAGGCCUUGCUGAAGGGGGAGCCCCUGGACAAGAGGGGCACCCCCGAGCUCCGGGAUACAGAGGAGACAGCCAGCGCGGCCGAGAUCACAGCCACGCCAAGCCACACCGUCUCCACACGCAUACGGAAGAGGAUCCUGGAGCCUGAUGACUACCUGGAUGAUCUGGAUGAUGAGGACUUUGAGGAUGAGACCCCCAAGAGAAGGGGCAAAGGGAAGUCCAAGGGCCGUGGCGUUGGAAACGGAAAGAAGAAACAGGAGGCGUCGGCAGCCGCCAUGGAGGAUCGAGACAAGCCGUACGCCUGUGACAUCUGUGGGAAGCGGUACAAGAACCGGCCGGGCCUGAGCUACCACUACACCCACUCUCACCUGGCAGACGAGGAGGGGGAGGACAAGGAGGAUGAGAUACACACCCCAGUCCCACGCCACGAGACCAAGACCCCUAAGAAAGGACCCAAUGGAUUGGCCCUGCCCAAUGAUUACUGUGAUUUCUGCCUGGGGGAUUCCAACAUGAACCAGAAGACUGGACAGUCUGAGGAACUGGUGUCAUGUUCAGACUGUGGACGCUCUGGUCACCCGUCCUGCCUGCAGUUCACACCGGUUAUGAUGGCCGCGGUGAAGACCUACCGCUGGCAGUGCAUCGAGUGCAAGUGCUGUAACGUCUGCGGAACAUCUGAAAAUGACGACCAGCUCCUGUUCUGUGAUGACUGUGACAGAGGAUACCAUAUGUACUGCCUCUCCCCUCCCAUGGCUGACCCGCCUGAAGGAAGCUGGAGCUGUCACCUAUGUCUGGACCUGCUCAAGGACAAGGCCUCCAUCUAUCAGCAGACCACUCACCUGUAUCCUAGCAACCGCCUCCCUGUCUCUACCUCUGCUGCAUCUCCACACAAGGACUACUGA